AUGGCUGAUGAACCGGAGGCGGGCCGGCGCCUAUCUCCAAUCAUUGCGCGCCGCCUCACCACUCCUCGACGACUCUACUCCAUAGCUAUGUAUCAUCUUGAUGGCCAGGGCCGGCCGGGCCUUUGCUACCACGGUACACCCCCUCAAUGGAUACGCGACCACGUAGGUGAUAGGUUCCAUGAGAAGCCGGCGAACAUGCUUCUGCGAUCAUCCCGGAAGAUCGGAACCUACAGAGGCCAAGGCAAUGCUUGA